UGCAAGGCCGAUUUCACCAACUUGGCAGUGGAGGGGGUCACUAUCCAAUCCGAGUCGUCCAUCAUACACGCGUCUUGUUGGGCCCAAGAAACUCACGACGUAUUGCACGCUCUUCGUACAACAGGUGUUAAAGCAGAUUCCGCUCCUUUGCAAAACGGUGGUUUUUAUAUAAAAAACAAAAGCCGCCGGUAUGUUGGAUAAGAGAUAGCGGUUUCCCAAAACGAGCAAAAAAAAGCCGCCUCUGGUUUUUGUAACCUCCCAUAUGUCAUGAGCUGUAUAUAUAAUCUCUAUCACUCCCACUCCUAUCUCAUCAAAAAAACCAACAAUCCACUCCUUGGAAAUUCCCUUCUUCUCAAACCCAACCCAAGUAGCAGCAUCAGCAGUGGACAGAGAUGAGUUCGACGAGCAGAGCAUGGAUGGUCGCUGCAAGCGUGGGAGCAGUUGAAGCACUGAAAGAUCAGGGCUUUUGUAGAUGGAACUAUGCUUUGAGAUCUCUACAUCAGCAAGCAAAGAAGAGCAUCGGAUUGUAUGCACAAGCCAAGAGACUCUCUCCUUCUCUCCAUUCCUCUCUCGUAACAAAGAGAAGAGAUGAAAUUGAGAAAACGAAGCAGUCAGAAGAGUCACUGAGGAAAGUAAUGUAUUUGAGCUGUUGGGGACCCAACUGAAACUAUAGAAGAAAAGCAAAACAGAGAAAAAUCAUGGGCGGGAAUCCCUCAAUGGGGAUCCUAAAAGUUGAAUUUUGUAUAGUAGUUGUAAUUUUGUCUGGUGGUUUAUAUUAAUGCCUAUUUUGCAAAGAUUGGUUCCAA